UUUUCAGGUACACGACAAACGUAUUUCACACGCAAAUUCAGACCUUGCACCCGAUUACACACCAAACAAUACGCUUGCGCGCCGAGACUCUAAAUACAGCCCCGAAUACCACCGGAUCAGACCCACUUCCCACCAUAGGAUCUGCAGCAGAAGAAUCGAGAUGACGACAGAUCAGUUGGCGCCAGCCUCGGCGGGCAAAGACCUCCCGAUUCGAUCUCCUACCCCGGUGACAGAGGUCAGAACCGAGAACGGCGAUGUCUUUGAUCUGGCCGCCACCUACAACCGCAUUCUAUCCGAAGACCACGAGCUCUCGAUGCCCGUCGCCGCCAUAGAAGCCCUGAUCGAGCUCCUCAGCCACACCACCGCCUCCACCGUCUUCGAGACCAUCGAGAUCCUCAACACACAGAUAGCGCUCCUCAAGACCUCCGUCGCGAACCCAAUACCGCCGACCGCCGGCGCAGAGCUCUUCAUGAAGAAACUCCUGCGGUCCCUUAGGCAGGAGACCGGGGACCAGGGCUCCAAGAUGCGGGUCGCCAGCAACUCGGACAUGAGCUUCGACGAGAUGCGCCAGCACCUGGUCCGGAACAGCCGCAACUUUGCCGCGCAGGCCAAGGCCGCCCGCAUCACUAUUGGUGAGGUGGGCGCGCGCUACGUCACGCCCGGGUCCACCAUCAUGACGAGCGGCGGGAGCCGCUGCGUCAAACAGAUGCUGCUCCGCGCCGCCGAGAGGAGGACGGAGCUGAACGGGAGCCCCGACUUCCGCGUCAUCUAUGUCAUGGACGGCAGCGCAGAUAGCGAGCCCGCAGUCAAGGCGCUGCGGGAGCGCGGGGUCCCCGUGUCCACGGUCGACGUCGCCAGCAUGGCCCACGCCAUGAAGCUCGGCAAGGUCGACAGGGUCUUUGUGGGCGCCGAGGCCGUCUGCCAGCGCGGCGGCGUCCUCAGCCGCAUGGGAACCUACCAGCUCGCCAUGGCCGCCAAGAUCCUCAAGAAGGACUUCUACAUCGUCACCGAGACGCACAAGUUCGCCAUGAUCCUCCCCUUCGACCAAAAAGACGUCUCCGGGCAGCUCGGAAUCAAGCAGACUAUUCUCGACUUCAAAAAGGGCGGCGACUCGGACGCCCCGAUACCCGAGUCGCCAUCUCAGUGGCGCGCGGACUACACGCCCCCGGAGAUGGUCAAGGCCUUCAUUACGGAGCAAGGCGUCAAGACUCCUGCAUCCAUUCUCGACUUUGUUCUCAGCAUUUAUGCUUCCUGAGUUGACUCUCGCGCCUGCCGUCGAAUUGAGCCGCAGUGCACGUAAACGGCAAGGGCGGGACAAACCGAAUCACCACUUCAAGAUGUUGAGUGCACAGAUGGCGGGUCGUUGUAUGGUACCCCCGGUGUACUGGUGUACUGGUGUGUUAGCGUCCUGGCGCAGUCCCGUGCUGCACAUACACUAGGCAAUGGCCAAGAAUGCCACAGCUGGAAAGGAGUAACGAUCAGACAUGAAUUAUGCUCAGACGUGGGCUUCCCAAGAGACUGGGAGUGUAGUCAGUAGAACUAAUAUGAACCAGAGCCCACGAG